GCCACAUGUUAGACAAAUGUUGGCAUUGCGUGCUUGUAUCUGCCCACCAGGCCACACUCUCUCAUCGAGUAGCCAUCCAUUGACUCUUGGACAAUUCGCUCGACAAAGAAGACCGAUUAACUAUCUCAGCAUAUUGUAGAAAACGUGUUAAAUACAGGUCUGGAUCGACAUCAUCAUCGAGAAAUGGUUUUUCAUGGCUGGGUUUAGACAAUAUUUCAAUUCAGUGUAAACUUUUUAAGUCGUGUGGUCUCUUGUAAAUAAAACUGAGGGACAAUUGACGGAUGAACUGUUCACGGUAAAAGUUAGCAUCGUAUACACCGACUCCGCCGACAAGGAUUUGUCAGACUUGUAAUCAAUUCUCCCGACAAUUAGUGAAAAUGGCGAAAAUUCACUCGAGAAAAAGCACCAAAAGCACUUAACCUGUGGAAAGGAAGCACGCAUCCCAUUUCCUCUGACGUGCAGCGGAACAUUAUAGAGGAAACUGGCCUCUGCAUGUUUUUCAGGUGAGCUGGAAUCGUAUUUAAAACGGAACUCGUCUUGAAGGAUAUUCAGUUCUGUGGUUCGUCUUUGGUGCACGAUUCGAUUGCUUGGGUCGUCUUCAGCAAAGUACGUCUUUAACUGGGUAAGCGCAUUACUAUACAUUAACUGAUGUUACGUUCCAUGCUUAUCAUCUGUAUCUAAGGCGUGGAAUGUCGUGAAGACUUUUUGAAACCCGACCAGGCAGAGAGGUAUUUUUCACUUCAGAAACGUUGACGGAUGAGAGAAAUUCGUAGAUCCCUCCUGGGAGCAUUUAUCAAAACAUCAACGGAUUAGUAAAGUCAGUGUUGAAACUUUCCAGAAAAAAUUUGCAGCAGCUGAUUUUAACCUGUCAAGACAUCAAAAAGCGUGGUGACUUCGUGAACUGCUUUAAAAAACUUCAAGACGCAUUCUGAAAGCAUCGUGGAGCCAUCUUAAAAUAGAAAUGGGAGACACAGUUAAUAUGACAACGUCAUCACCGAACCACAUUGAGACUCAUCAGAAAUCUAUCCUAGACACUCCUGAGGGUAAAGCGCAGCUUUCUAUAUACGUGCUCACGUUUCUGUUGGGUUCUUUUGGGAAUGUCCUCGUAUUGCUGGUGGUUCGAAGCAAAAAACAUCGAACCGUCAACGAUCUGUUUAUUGUGAAUCUGGCCAUCUCGGACCUUUUGUUGAUCGUAUUUCUACCAGUUUACUCGGCGAAAAUUCUGGUACGAUUUCACCACAGCACGGCAUUCUGCAAGACUGUUUUUCCCAUCGCUACCAUGACGUUUUUUGUGAGUAUAUUCACACUGACAUCCAUGGCGAUCCAUCGCUGCUAUGUCAUCACAAACCCUUUUAAGCCCGAAAUGCGAAAAUGGAAGAUCAUAGCUUGGUUGGUUGGCGUGUGGGUUGCGUCCUUCAUAGCUGUUCUUCCUCUCAUGCUAGCCAUCGAGGGGGAACUACCUGGAAAAACUGAAUGCUCCGAAUGUUGGCAUUCCAAUGCCCACAGGAAAGCUUACACGGCAUGCUUGUUCGUGUUGCAGUAUUCUCUUCCUUUGGCCAUCAUCACUGCAGCGUACAUACGGAUAGCAGUGGAUCUGCUCAAAUCAAGCACACAGAGAUUUGGACCAGGGAAAAGUCUUAAUAACAAUCGGCGUGAUGGUAAGACAUUGUCACGUCUCGCCUGCAAAGAAGAUAUCCAGGUAUUAAAAACCGUAGCUGUGAUCGUGUUAGUGUUUGCAAUUUGUUUGUUACCUCUUCAGGUCAGGUGGAUGAUGAUAGACUUUGGUGGGGAAACCCAAAAGCGCAGCGCCAUUCAAGUGUUUGAAAAAUUCGACGUCCUUCUCUCAAUAUUUCACAGCUGCCUUAAUCCUCUGGUUUAUGGGACCCUUACGAGGCGUUUCAGAAGAGGCUACAUCAGAUACCUGGUGUGCCUGUGUCCCUAUUUAAGAGAUCGUAUACCCAAUGCAACUGCGAGUACUAUGGUGUAUCAUUAUCAGGACUGUAACUCACCCACCAACCAGAAUGGUUUAGCUACGGAUCAUGCUGAAAAGACACCUCUUGCACGAGAAAACCCUGAACAGGAAAUGAAAAACACUGCAGUGUAACUUGCCUCUUCCACAUCCAAUCAGGAUACCGCCCCAUAACUGCCAGGCUAGAAAAACUACUAAUGAAUAAAGGCUGAUAGUUUCGAAAGAAACUGUUUGGGGCUGCGUCGGUGGGUGUAACGAAAU